UGCCUUCCCGUUUUCCCGGGGCUCGGCCCACUACUACGACCCGGGUGUCCGCCCUCGGGCUUCCCUGAUCCCUGCUCCCUCCUCCUGCCCCCUUAGAGCCCACUCCCCCUAAUCCUGGCCAGCCGGCAUGCAGGUGUCUAUCGCGUGUACCGAACAGAACCUUCGCAGCCGGAGCAGUGAGGACCGUCUGUGUGGACCCCGGCCGGGUCCCGGGGGCGGUAAUGGAGGGCCGGUCGGUGGGGGGCACGGGAAUCCUCCGGGGGGUGGAGGGUCGGCCCCCAAGGCCCGAGUCGCACUGGUCCCCCGACCCCCAGCCCCCGCUGGGGCCCUCCGAGAGAGCACCGGCCGAGGCACUGGCAUGAAAUACAGGAACCUAGGAAAGUCUGGUCUUCGGGUAUCCUGUCUUGGCCUGGGGACCUGGGUCACAUUUGGUUCUCAGAUCUCUGAUGAGACAGCAGAGGAUGUGCUGACAGUAGCCUAUGAGCAUGGCGUGAACCUGUUUGACACGGCUGAAGUAUAUGCAGCAGGAAAGGCAGAAAGAACCCUAGGCAACAUCCUCAAGAGCAAAGGUUGGAGGAGAUCAAGCUAUGUCAUCACCACCAAGAUUUUUUGGGGAGGACAGGCAGAAACUGAGCGAGGCCUGAGCCGCAAACACAUCAUCGAGGGACUGAGAGGUUCCCUGGAACGCCUACAGCUGGGAUAUGUAGACAUCGUUUUCGCCAAUCGCUCAGACCCCAACAGCCCUAUGGAGGAGAUUGUGCGAGCCAUGACCUACGUCAUCAACCAGGGCCUCGCCCUAUACUGGGGGACAUCCCGAUGGGGGGCUGCAGAAAUCAUGGAGGCCUACUCCAUGGCCAGACAGUUCAAUCUGAUCCCGCCGGUGUGCGAACAAGCUGAGCACCACCUGUUCCAGAGGGAGAAGGUGGAGAUGCAGCUGCCAGAGCUCUACCACAAGAUUGGCGUUGGCUCAGUCACGUGGUCCCCUCUGGCCUGUGGCCUCAUCACCAGCAAGUAUGAUGGGCGAGCCCCAGAUUCCUGCAGGACCACCGUCAAGGGCUACCCAUGGCUCAAGGAUAAAGUGCAGAGUGAGGAUGGCAAGAAGCAACAAGCCAAAGUCAUGGAUCUUCUCCCCAUUGCUCACCAGCUGGGUUGCACCGUGGCACAGCUUGCUAUUGCAUGGUGUCUCCGCAGUGAGGGUGUCAGCUCCGUCUUGCUGGGGGUGUCGAGCGCCGAACAGCUGAUAGAGCACCUGGGCGCCCUGCAGGUGUUGAGCCAGCUGACCCCGCAGACAGUGAUGGAGAUAGACGGGCUCCUGGGGAACAAACCGCAUCCCAAGAAAUAGUCCGUGGGGGGCGCAGGGACCCAACCCGGAGCCGCUGCACCCGGACUCCCGCUUCCUUGCAGCCGCCUCUCCCGCUCCGGAUCCCUCCACGCAGCGGCCCAGCCAGGGUAGCCCCGCCCACUAACGAGUCCCGGCUUCGAGUAGAGAUACGCAUGAACAAAGCCAUAUCCUCCCGCAGUGGGGGCUUGAGAGAGAAAGUAGUCCGCCCGCCCCUUGCUGCGUCCUUCUAGGCCUUCUUGCUAAUCCCGGGCAUGAGCUUCGGGCCAUUCCUCUUCUGCCACUUGGUCUCCCAUCUCUGUCCCCCCUGUUACUGAGGCCCAGGGGGAAAAAGCAGCAGACACAAGAAAUACGCAGAGUACCUCAAAAGUGGCCCUUGAAAUGUCAUCAAGGGAUAAUAACCUAAGAAAUGAGUUGUGAUGGCAUCUGGGACUCCGAAAUUGGCUCUACCGGUAUUCGGUCCAAAGGAAGCCAGGCUGGUCCUGGCAGGAAGGAAAUGAUCAUCUUUGGGAAACCAGGACUCUGCCUCCCUAGAGGUGGAGGAGGACUUGAAACUAGAACUAGUGGAAACCUCGGUUCUGGCGGACAGGCCGGGGGGUAAGGGUGGCGAGCACCAUGCGCCGCACUGACCGCGUAGAGGGGAAAUGGACUGUGGGUGGAUAGCGCCGUCCGGCAGAAGCGGCCAAGGAGGCCCUUGGAAAAUACGGUUGGGUCCUGCAUUGCAGGAAUUAGCGACAGCCUCUGGUUCCGAGUGGACACAUGGGGCUGACAGAAGAUCUGGGGAUGGACUUCGGAGCCUUGAGCAGGCCAGGCCGUCUUUCCUGGCAGCGGAGGAUUGCAGUCUUCCUCCUGGCAAUAAUCUUAAAGCAAUAAUGAUGGCCCCUCUUCUGUAAGACUUCCCAGGGAAUUGUAAAUAAAAUCUCAGCUUGAUCCUC